AUUUUCUCAAUGGGCAGGUCGUGACGUAGAAGUGAGGCAGAUGCUCCAUCAGCCAAUGAGGAGCGAUCAAUAGCGGAACAGACGGAAGACAGAGCAGAGGAGUGGCAGAGAAAGACGAGCACGAGCUCAGUCUGCAGAAACUCUGAAGUUAUCAGGUUUGAUCAGUUUCACAUUUGAGAAAGAGGAAACAACAACUCGAGCUGACAUGAAGACACUGGUGGUGGGAGUGGGCGGGAUGACCAAUGGUGGGAAAUCUACUCUGUCCAACAGUCUGCACCAGCUCAUACCCAACAGCUGCAUCAUCGCACAGGAUUCAUAUUUUAAGGAGGAUUCUGUCGUACCGGUGGACAACAAUGGCUUCAAGCAAUAUGACAUGCUCACUGCUCUCCACAUGGACACGAUGAUGAGCGAGGUCCACUCAUGGCAAAGAGAUCCUGAAUCGUUCCUGAGGCAGCGAGGCCUGAUCCCAGAGAGCGUGACGCAGACUGUCAUUACUGACGUGUAUGUGCUGAUAGUGGAGGGGUUCCUCAUUUUCAACUACAGGCCUCUGAAUGAUCUAUUUGACAAAAGAUUCUUCCUGGAAAUUCCAUAUGACGUCUGCAAGAGGAGAAGAAGUUCGCGGGUGUACACCCCUCCUGAUCCUCCCGGUUACUUUGACGGACACGUGUGGCCGAUGUACCUCAGGAACCGGCUGGAGAUGGACAGCAUGGUGUCUGAAAUAGUGAUUCUGGAUGGACUGAAGCCAAAAGACAAACUGCUGGAUGCCGUGUGUAGAGAUCUUUUUCAGGAAAUAGACAGACUCAGGGAGUCAGACAGAAAAAGUUGAACUCCCCCUGAAGGUGGUGACCGCUGCAGCCGUGGAUGUAAGGAAAGUUCCUCUUUUCGGACUCGUGUGUGAAUGAAGGCAAAGGCUGAGAAUGAACUGGAGAGACGCUGCCAGAAUCCCAGUUAACCUCUUUUAAUGGACAGUAUUACACAGUUAGGAUACACUCUGGGUAACAUGAAUAUUCGUUUUCUUUAAUGCUGAAUAUGAGACAGUGAACUGAUCGUCUCAGUACAAUGUCUUUUUUUAAUAUGUAAGGAGGAUUUUUGACAAUUCUUCAAUCUAACAUACAUGUAAUUGUUAAAGACUGUCACUCAUGCUUUGGCUUCACUUUCGGGGAGCUGUCAUGUCUUCCAUCUUUAUACACAGUGUAUGGUUAAGUGUAUGAUUGAUGUCCUCUGUCUCCACCUGGUGGUUGGAUCAGAUUUAUUGGAGACCAACCGGUGACCUACUUUUUACUGUUUCUUUUUACUCCUGUGACCUGAAUAUAAAUUAGUGUCUGACUGUUGCAAAUGACAAUAAAAGAAACACUAGAACUCUCAGUCACAUUUUUAACCAGGUAUUCUUAUUCAUCAUCAUAAAAA